GCGGGCGGCGGCGGCGGCGGCUCCGGGAGCGGCUCCGAGCGGUCAAUGUGGGCGUGUCCCACCCGGUUCAGGGCGUGGCCAUGAUGGCGGCGGGGCGGGGCCCGGGGAGCGAGGACGGAGCCUUUGAGGAGGAGGAGGAGGAGGAAGAGGAAGAAGAGGAGGAGGAAGAGGAGGAUGAGGAGGAAGAAGCGGCCGGAGCACCGCCGGCCCCGCCCGAGGACGACGACGGCGAAUCAGAGGAGGCCACGUCGGUGACGUCAUCGGGGGACAGCGCCGCCCCCUCCCCCCCCGCCAACGGCUGCGCAGGUUCCCGGCCCCGCCCAUUGGGGGCGGAGCCUCGGCCGUUCCCGGAGCCGCCCUGUGGGGGCGGGGCCUCCCCGGAACCUUCCGGCGCCGCCAUGGCCACACCCACCGCAGGGGGCGUGGCCUCACCCACCGGAGGGGGCAUGUCCAACAGAGAAGGGGGCGUGGCCACGCCGCCGGUGGGCGGGGACUGGCACCGCUGCCCCGAGUGUGGGCGUGGCUUCGGCACCUCCCGCGCGCUCAAGGUUCACCGCAGUUACCACGUGGGCCGGAAGCGGCCCCUCCCCCCGCCGGGCCACGCCCCCCCGCCGCCUCCGGCCCCGCCCCCGGCCCGCCCGCAGAGCCCCGCCCCCUCCUCAUUUAAAUUCCAUUACAUAUGCGCCGAGUGCGGGCUGGGAUUCGUCGCCCCCGGCGCGCUCGGCGCCCACCGCUGCCAUCAUGGCCGCCGCCGCCGCCGCCCCUCCCCCUCGGCCACGCCCUCCCCCCCGCCCCCCCCGCGCCGCCCCGCCCCGCCCCCUCCCGCCGCGGCCCCGCCCCCUCGGGAGCCGAGCCCCGCCCCCUUCCGCUGCACCGAGUGCGCCGGCGCCUUCGGGCUCGUGGCCGAGCUGCACGAGCACUACAUGCUGCACGCGCGGGGGGAGCUCUGAGGCCACGCCCACCGCGCUGGGGACACGCCCACACGGCUGGGGACACGCCCACUGCCAGGGGGACACGCCCACAUCCAGGGGGACACGCCCACUUUGGGUGGGACACGCCCACCCCGCUCCCAUCGCGGCCUAAGGGUGGGGAGGAGGAGGAGGAGGAGAUGUCGGCAACAGGAAGUGAUGUCAUGGAUGGAGGGCGUGGCCUGGCUGAUUUUUUUAAAAUAUGGGGAGGGGGGUGUGAGGUCAUUGGGUGAUGUCAUCGGGGUGGUGUUAAUGGGGUGACGUCAUCGAUAAUGAGGGUGGGUUAUUGGGGGAUGUUGUUGUGAUGUCAUCGGGGUGACGUCAUCACGGGAUGACCAUCGGGUGACAUCAUUGGUGUGACGUCAUCUUGAUGGUUUCAUUGGUAUGACAUCAUCAUUGUGACAUCAUCUGGGCUGACGUCGUCAGGGCGGCGUCAUAUGGGAUGACGUAAUAGUGGUGAUGUCAUCGGGGUGAUGUUAAUGUGGGUGAUGUCAUCAAGGUAACGGCAUCAAUGUGACGUCAUCAUGACGUAACCAUGGUGAUUUUACUGGGUGACGUCACCGUGGUGACAUCAAUGGGAUUAAUUCAUCGGUGUGACGUCAUUAGUGUGACAUCACACCGCCAAAGCCUCACUGCUGACGUCACACCCCAGCCAGUGGGUGGAGCCACACCCCCACAACCCCCACAGUGACGUCACACUCUCACAACGAAUCCCAACUCACUUCUUCCGCUUUAUUCCCUCACCGCCAAGCC